AAAAAGCCAAGUUAUAUUAUAUGCUUUCGUGUUUAUAUAGCAAAGACAGAUUCAAGGUGAAUGUUGCCAUUAUUUUUUUGACAGAGCAACAAGUGAAAAUUUAUUGGGACUUUUUUGCUCGCGUGCUGAACAAGUAAAAAACCGAAAGAAACGUUGCCGAAAAUCGACGCGAAAUAAAUGCCAUUAAAGAGUAAAUAAAUUAAAAAACCAAUUUGAGGUGUUGCAAAAAAUAAAUAAUCAGUGACUAAUUUGGAAAGGAAGAAAUAAAUAACAAGAGACUGCCUAUACAUGGUCUUUUCUUAGAAUGGGAAUCCCCAAAGGCUGAUUUUUUGAAUACUAAAUCGGCUUCUAUUUAUUAUAAAUUCAGGCUUUCCAAGAAAAACAAAACAAAAUGCUUUCUGUAUAUCAUUUCUAAAGGUGAUUUCUCGACCAUUCAUUUAGCUGAUCCCCCCUUAUAAUUGCUCUUUAGGUGCCCAGACCUCAGCGCGGUCCAAUGUCAUUAACCAUUUCGAGAACUUAGCCUACUCACACACAAUUCUAGUUAUCGAUCAUACGCAACGUUGGCGUUUUAGCCUUGAACUUUUCGAACGUUGGGUAGAAUCCGCCGACAGAGACCGAAAAAGAAAGAAAUCGCAUUAUUAUUAAUUACAUUUUAACGGUAACUCCAAAACAACGCAAAAUGUUUUGAAUACCUUCCAGAAGAGGCCCAAACCCGUCCGACCCGUCCUACCAAAAACAAUUUCUCGCUCUCUACCAAAUUCGCCAGCUAAGCCAUCAAUAAAAAACGUAUACGCAGCAGCAGCAAGAAAAAUGCAAACACUGGACAGCAAAUAAUUUAACGAUAAUUUGCAAAGCAAAAGAAACAAAAGUUUAAUAAGAAACCAGUCAAAAUUACACAAAAAACCAGCCAUAUUUCGGAUAAGGCUGUUUUUUAGAGGAGUAACGAAAAUGUCUCGGUCGACGACGCAGUCGCUGCUCGGCCGCAGCCUCUUUUUCUUCGUCACCAUCUGCGGCUGCUUGGCACAAGAUACUUCCAGCUACUACUUCCCAUCGCAAAACCGAUUUGUGCCAUCGUCUGGGAGCUUUCCGCGCCAGCAGCCGCAGUCCCUGAGUGGGUUCCGGGCCAGCUCCGGCGGAUUUUCCCCCUCGCCGGGCUCCUACCAGGAACAGCUCCUCUUCAUAGCCAACGAAAACGCCAAGCAAUCCCCUGCAGCGGCCAACUCGCCGUUCGGCGCUCAAUUUGGGGGCGGCAGUUCCCAGUUUGCGAAACCGAAUCGCCAGACGGACUAUUACGAUAUCUCGCCACGCCCCUUCGGAGUGCCGGCGGGUGCGGGGCCAGCGGCAGCGGGAGGCUCGGCGGGAUUGGCGGCGGGAGCGGGAUCUGGUGCAACGUCCGCAUCGCUGACCAACGGCUUCACACGCUCCAAGGCGAUACGGACUGGAGCGGGAAACAGUCUGACCGGUGGAUUCCAGCCGCAGACGCAGCGCAUCAAUGUGCCCCACCAGCAGACGCAAUUUCUGGCCCACUUCAGCGAACCUGGGACCGACAAGCGUCCGGUGACCAGCAGUCGUCCUUCGUUUGGCAAUGGCGGGUUCUCACCCACCCGGACGCGAACCCAAGCCCCCGUUUCGGCACUUCCGGAGAAUCCAGCCACUCCGGCAGCCACACCCUUCAGACCCCGCAAUCGCUAUCAGCCUGGCAGCUCCACUGCCUCCACCACGACCACAACCACAGGGAGUGCCGAGGUCAGCAGCAAGCGGUACAAUAGAUUCGGCAGCAACCGGGGCAAGUCCACCAGUACCACCUCAACCACUCAGAACACUCCCUCGGAACGACCCAGUUUUGGCAGGAAGGCUCCCAAUCCCAGGAGACCAGUCUUCAUCAGUCGCGAAGUCAACGAACCAGUGAGUGUAGUCAGCAAGCGACCCUUCAACUACAGCGGAGCCAGGCUAAAGUUGCCAGCCAGACCUACCGCCCGCACCACCAGCACCACCGAAAGUGCCGAGGAAGAGGAGGAAGAUGUCCACGAUGAGGAGCAGGAAGAUGAGGAACAGGAGGGCAGCGACGAGCAGUACGAACAGGAGUCCGACGAGGGAACUGAAGAGCACUCCGAGUCCUCCAGCUUGGAGAAGUUACCACUCCAAGAGGAGAGCGUAACCCCAGUGACCGUGGCCAAGAAUGAAGCAUCCCCUCCUGCAGAACCGAUCUCCGAACUCACCACCAUUUCGGAAGUGGAACAUGAGAGCACCAGCAUUGGCAGCACUGAAGAAAGCCAAACGGAUGUCUCCGAGGUCAGCAAUGCCGAGGUUGAGGUCACCACUCUGCCGCCCACUCAUGAGGAGGAGAUUGUAGAGGAAGCCACCACUGUUCUUCCACAAGAAAACCAAUCCACCGAGGAUCUCCAUGUGGAAGAGCAAACUGUGACCACUGAAUCGCCACUGGAGAGCAUCUCCAAGCAGGAGGAAGUAGAGACUCAAAAGGUGGAGGAGAACGUGUCCAAGCAGGAGGAGACAAAGUCCUCCAAGCAGGAGGAGCACAGCUCAUCAAAAUCCGAGAACCAGAGCUUGUCCAAACAGGAGGAGCAAUCCGAGUCCCAGUACGAUGACGAAGGCGAAGGUGAGGAAUACGAAUACGAUGAUGAGGAGGGCAGUGAGGACUCUACUAAGGAGGUGGAAAGUCAGGACUCCAAGGCAUCCACACCGAGUGGCGAGCACGAUGACGAACGCGAAAUCAUAUCGGUGGUGACCACAAAGAGCGUGGUCAAUGGAUCCACGGUACUGCCAUCUCCAGUUACUCCGGCCUCCAACUCGAUAACCGAAGAUGCGGAUAAGGACGAGGAGGCUUCCCAUGCUGACCUCAGGUUAGAGACCACCACACCCAUAACCCUGGAGGAGGAGAAGGGCAGCAAUGCCACCGAGAACUAUGUGGUGGUGGCCUCCAUCCAACCCAGUCGUAGCAUCAAUGGAGCCCGGUUCCUGCCCUUCCCGGCCAUUGAGCAGGAGGAGACCAAGCAGACCCUCUCCGAGCUCGAGAGGAAGGUGCACUCCAAGCAGCAGCAGACGCCGGCCCAAAAGCCAUCGGAGGGCAGCGAGGAGGUGCAGCCGAGUUCCUCCUCCAUUCAACCCCCGGUGGCUGCCUCCACGGAGAGCAUCAUCGACAAGCUGGAUCGCGUGCAAUCGGAGCUCUCGAGUGGCUUGCUUUCGGGGAAGUACCCCAUCAUUAGCCAGAUGGACUCCUCCACGCCAGCGACUAGCACUACUGUGGGUACAGGACCAGGAAAGUUCGUGCCUCACAUCAGGAAGUACCAGCCCAGGACCACAUCCCAUGCUCCCAGAACCACUAGCAGUGGCAGUAAGGUGAAAGUCCAGCACUUUGACGAUGGCGAAAUGGAUGAGCUGGCCACCCUGCUCCCUGUGGGCUUUAAGCCAAGACCAAGCUACAAAAAUCGUAAGAUUACGACCACUACUUCCACGACAGAAGCUCCUCCAGCCGAGAUAUCGAAACCCAAGCCGGGACGGAACUCCACCAUCAGUAGGUCCUUUAAGAGUGGUCAGGUUACCGUACAGGAUGUGGCCCAGGCGGGACUACUGCCCAAAGGUUACAAGCCACCCAAAACCACCUCCACCACGACCACUACUGGCAAGCCGGAGGAGAGUAGUGCUGCAUCUGGACUGGAGAGUCUCUUCAGCGAAAUACAGUUUGAUGAAAAGUUGGCUUCACUUCUUCCCAAGGACUACAAAUUGAGUAGUACUCCCAAGCCUCCAGCGAAUACCACCACUUCCAGUCCCUCGAGCACUCCCAGAAAUCUCCCAGUUGCCGUGCCCUUCGAUGAUUUGAGCACCUUCCAGCUGCCUCCUGGCUACAAGGCUCCCGCGGCAAAGGAGGAGCCCAAGUUGCCACCCGGAGUGACCCCCAUUAAAAUAGACAGCUUGAAGGAUCUUCUACCUCCUGGGUUUAAGCUUAAUGAAACGGAGAGCGAUUCUAGUGAUGAGAUUCCCGCUUCCCUGCUGCCACCUGGCUACAAAGCCAAGAAACUGCAUCCCGCCUCCACCAGCACCAGCACCACCUCCACCACAACCACAACAGGAAAACCCAAGACGAUGGCUUCCAGCACCACUGAAGCUACAGCUGCUACUGAACCUGCCGGAGGAAGUGGCUUGAAGGUGGUGUUCCCGAGGGGCAACCUCAAACGAGUGGGCUCCCACCGUCUGACCACACCCCAUCCUGCAGGAGAGGGAGGUCCUUCCACUGAAUCCUCAAACUCAGGCCUGCAGGUGAUGAUCAAAAAGGGUCCGCCAACAAGAGCCACCACUGAAUUCACCGGCUGGCCAACUCCACCCACCACUCCUUUGUCCAUCGACAAGCUGAAUGCCCAGACCAUCAACUUUGAGGACCUGCUGGCUGCCAGUGGAACCAGCAGUACCACGAGCACCACCACCACUUCGACCAGCACCACCACAACCACCACGCCACGACCCACGAAGCCGGGUCACUGCACCGCCGACUGCGACCUGGCUGCCACCAUCAAGAUCAUCGAUGGUGUGGCCUGGAAGCCGGAGCUCCUGGAUCACAACACCUUGGAGUGGAAAAACCUGGCCCACGAGCUGGAGGCACAGCUUAAUGAUGUCUAUUCCGGCGCCCCUCAGCUGAACAAGUGGUACAAAAAGGUGCGCAUCGAUAGCUUCAGCAAGGGCAGCGUCCUGGUCGACUACUAUGUGGAGCUGGCCAACAUUACCGAGGAUGUGGAUACCCUGGAGAUCCGCCAGCUCUUCCACGAUGCCCUCACCAAGCCAGCCACUCCGGUUUUGCCCGACAAGGACGCCCAGGAGAACGAGACGGACAGCGUUUCGGGACCGCAGGAGGAGCAGCUGGUCACGGCCACCUACCAGAUGGGCAAAUACAUCAUUGACCCAGUGGCCACAGACUUUAGCGUCAUCGCCAAAAAUCUUCACACUAAUGUGGAGUUUGCCGAGGAGGAUCUGCUCAUUCCCCAAUGGGCCAUUGUGGUGAUUGUGAUUGGAGUGGGCUCCCUGGUGUUUGUCGUCAUUUUCGGUGUCACAGUGUUGCUCAAUCGCCAGAAGAGGGCCAAGAAGACGCCCAUUCCUCUUACAAACGAUAUGCUGAACGAGCUGAAGGUCAACCACAUGGGUGGUGCGGAUAACUACGGAGUGGACGACUUCUACAACAUUGAUGAUCCCUGGAAUGAUACCAAGCAACCCAUCAAGCCGAAGCGUUUCACCAACUCGAUGCACGGCAGCAACAGUUCCAAUAUCUACGACAGCUGGCGCUCCACCCGCCAUCCCCACUCCAGCGGGGACUACUUCUACGACCAGCAGCCGACCUACUCGCAGAAGGGCGACUCGCUGAAGAGGCCGCAGCUCCACCAUGGCAACCACGGCGGCCACAGCCAGUACCCCGCCAAUCAUCACCACCAGUCGUCGCAGCAGCACCAGCAGGCCUAUGGACACCAGUAUCCGGAUGCCUUCGCCGAUGCCCACCAGAUGUACAGCUACAACAACCACGCGAGUCGGACGCGCUACUCCCGCGACUAUGAUCCCGACUUUUGAGCGGGCCAACUUGACUGGACUGGACUGGACUGGACUGGAUGAACCAGAUGAUCCGCCCAUGUCCGCGCACUAGCUUUAGUAACUUGCGAACGAUUUUGAGUUGUAACUUAAUAGCGUAAAGAUUCGUAGUUGUAAUGCUGCUAUAAUUUAUCGUACUGCCUGGCUGGCUUGGCUCAAAAGUCGGACACUUUUCGGUACCCACGGCCAGGCGUAGCUAGACUAUGUUUAAGCUAACUACUUUUGUAUACCUAAUGGAGCUGCUAUAUCUGGAUGCCUUACACUUCCACUUAAUAGAUACGUACGAAGGAAAUGUUUCUUAAUAGAACGUUGGGGCACGCCCCCCGGAAAAUAAAUAGUCAUGCACUCUUAGUUAAUCCUAGUUGUAAAGUAAAACUAGAUACACUACAUAUAUACUUUGUAUUAUUUAAAGUACUGGCGGCUUGCUAUAAUACUAAUGAUGUCUGAGACUAGACGAAAAAUAAAAACUAUAUACACAGAU